GAUUAAGUGCCUGCAUAUCCAGCAUCAUGUUUACCUUCGCUAUUCUCCUUCUCUGCGUUCAGGGCUGCCUGAUCCAAAAUGUGUACGGUCAGUGCUGUGGCUGUGGAUGCGGUGGUGGUUGCGGUUGCGGUUGCUAUGGCGGCGAGGGCGAAGGUAAUGUGAACGUCUGCGGUGAGCUGCCCGUGUGUGGUGAAACCUGUGUCUGUGGCCGCGUGCCCAUCUGCGGAGGUGUUUGCUUCAAGGGCCCUGCCUGUGCUAGUGGUUGUGUCUCUAUCUGCGGACGUUGCUGCGGAUGCGGGUGCGGAGGUUGCGGUGGAUGCGGAUGCGGCUGUGGAGGCUGCGGUGGAUGUGGAUGCGGCUGUGGAGGCUGUGGUGGAUGCGGAUGUGGCUGUGGAGGCUGCGGAGGAUGCGGAUGCGGACGUAGAUGCUGUUGCUGCUAAAAAACUCAUUAUUAGUUAUUUAUUAUUGAAAAAAUCAAUAAAAUCCAGAUUCAAUAAUAAUUCUCAUUGUAUUUUCAAUACCACAAUAUAUUUAUGAUUGAAAGCAAACAUCUUUGUGCAAUAAAAAACAUCUAAAUUGAGUUUUCAAUAAAAGCGAGUUCAUAAUUCGUCUAUUUUCAUUAGAUCUGUUGUCUUGGUCGCAUCCAGCAAAGCGCUAAUGCUGACAAUACGCUCUAAAGAGUAUGGAUUACCAAUGGCCUACGUGUGUGGCCCAAGUGUCCCAAGUUGUUGAGGUAUACACGCAUGGCCACUUCAUACUAGUUGGGAUGUGAGCUCAUAGACCCGUCUAAGUAAUAAAAAACCCCAUACUCUGUCCUGCACCAAUAAUAAUAAUUAUGCGUUCCUUUGCAACAUUUGAUACUCACCAUUUAUAUAAAACAAGUUAGUCUAGUGUCAUUAUCGAAGGAGCAAAGAGGGUGAUACGUCUAAAUGGAUUUAAAGUAGCCUACGUGUGGUCCUUUAAGGAGAUGUUCAACAACGAAUAGGUCCAGUCCCAACAGUGAAAGUUUCAGUUCAGAUACGACAAUUCCGAAAGACUAAAGAAUUCGUGGUUGCAUUAGAAUCAACAAAGAUAGGUCCUAAUUGGGAAAGGGCUGUAUAAGUUUUCAAACUGCUACAGAUUUAGUAGAGAUUCUACUUUGUAAUGUUUACAAUGAUUUAUUAUGUUUUUUUUAUUGUAUUUGAAUACACAGAACUUAUUUAAAA